CCCCGGGCUCCCACCCCCUCCUCUUCCCGGCAGCACUUGACCUUCUCCUCCACCAUUCCGCCGCAGCGCAGCGCCAGAUCUCGACCGCGUGUUCUGGCAAUAUUAGAGAAAGGGAAUGGAGUUUGCUAGGGGAUUAGGCAUGGAGGUGGUUGGCUUUUAGUCUUACACCCAUGUUUGGUGUGCGGCGAGAGUUACUAGUGGGAAUUUGAGAGCAAGUUUCAUCCCACCUCAACUAACAGGGGGGAGACCGGAAAUGGAGGCGAGCACCGUGGCAGCUCUGUAUCCCGCGCACCGAUGCAAAACCGUAUACCUGGUGAGGCAUGCCCAGGGUUUCCACAACGCGGCAGAAGAGUCGGAUAUUAUAGACCACACUUCACCUGCGCUGCUUGAUGCUCAACUUACCCCUUUGGGCUGGAGCCAAGUUGAUUGCCUGCGAGAGCAUGUGACGAAAUCUGGACUAGCAAAAAAGAUUGAGUUGGUUAUUGUUUCCCCUCUAAUGAGGACUAUGCAAACUGCAGUGGGGGUCUUUGGUGGUGGGAACUAUACUGAUGGAGUAAGUGCACCCCCUUUAAUGGUAGAAGGUGCAGAAAACAGUGGACGUCAGCCGAUUUCAAGUUUGAACUGCCCACCGUUUCUUGCAGUUGAGGCCUGCAGGGAGAAGUUGAGUGUUCUUACUUCUGACAAGAGGAGCAGCAUAACAAGAUACCGUACUCUCUUUCCUGCCAUUGAUUUUUCCUUGAUAAAGAAUGAUGAAGAUGUUCUUUGGGGACCCGAUGUCAUAGAAACAGAUGAGUCUGUUGUUGCCAGGGGCAUGAAUUUGUUUGACUGGUUAUGGACAAGGGAGGAGAAAGAGAUAGCUAUUGUCACCCAUUGUGGUUUCUUGUAUCACACCCUGAACACGUAUGGUAAAGGGUGUCAUCCAACCGUAGCAGAGGAACUGGGCAAGGUCUUCGCCAACUGUGAGCUCCGGUCGAUGGUGUUGGUCGACAGAAGUAAGCUUGGAUCGGAUACCUCUAGAUACAAUUUCGCUGGGAAGAUACCGGCCGGGCUCGAUAUGCCAAGCGAUGUCGCAGACAAGAAGCAGGCUGAAGAAGCUAGCAAGAAUUGAGACUACCGAGCAGAUGUAUGUCUUUGAUUCUUUUAUCAAACCAUGGUUCUGGCUGACAAUGGCCAAGUUUAAAUUGCAUGCCUGAAAUCGAAGAAUAGACAAGCGGAUAGGACUCACCAUCUGUCUCCGGAGUGUAUGAUCUACAUGAUUCGUAUGUUUGUUAUCUCAUCUGAUUCGUUGUCUGAACACGCACCCAAAAAUUCAUGGGAAUAAGGAUGGUCUAUACACGUACCCCUCUUUGGAGAACGAGGGCAAUA